AUGAAGUUCUCUCUGGCCCUCGCCUCGCUGGUUGCGCUCGCCAGCGCCCAGAACAGCACAUCCAACAGCAGCACGCCCAUCUACAAGGACCCCAAGGCUUCCAUAGACGACAGAGUCUCGGAUCUUCUCAAGCGCAUGACCAUUGAGGAGAAGACGGCCCAAUUGCUGCAGGCUGAUAUUCGUGACUACCUCAACCUGACCGAUGGCCGCCUCAACCAGACCGGCCUGGCUUGGGCUGCUGAGCACAGAGCCAACUCCAUCUGGACCGGUCUCUACGCGACCCCAGAGACGAUCUCCCAGGGAGCAAAGAUUGGCCAAGACUACCUCGUCCACAACACGACUCUGGGUAUUCCGGCCUUCAUCCAGAGCGAGGGUAUUCACGGCUUCCUGGCCCUCAAUGCCACCAUCUUCAACUCGCCAAUCGCCAUGGGCUGCUCGUGGAACCCUCUCUUGGUCGAGGAGAUGGCCAAGGUCAUUGCCGUUGAGUCCAAGGCUCUCGGAGUCAACCAGAUCUUCGCCCCCGUUGUCGACUUGGCCCGCGAGCUGAGAUUCGGCCGAGUCGAGGAGACCUACGGCGAGGAUCCCUUCCUUGUUGGCGAGUAUGGCUAUCAUUACACCAAGGGUUUGCAACAAGAGGGCGUCUGUGCCAUGGUAAAGCAUUUUGCUGCUUUCGCCUCUCCUGAGCAGGGUGUCAACACGGCACCCGUUCACGGCGGUCCCAGAGAGCUCCGCACCACCUACCUUCCAUCCUUCAAGCGCGCGAUCCUCGAGGCCGACGCCUGGAGUAUCAUGUCCUCCUAUAACUCCUACGACGGAGUGCCUACCAUUGCCGACCACCACCUCCUGACCGAGAUCCUCCGCGAAGAGUGGGGCUACGAGUACUAUGUCAUCUCUGACGCUGGUGGCACUGCUCGUCUGGGCAACGCCUUUGCCGUCUGCGGAGAGACCGACGACGCGUGUAUUACCAUGAACGCUCUCCCUGCCGGUAACGAUGUUGAGAUGGGCGGCGGCCGCUACAGCUUCCAGUACAUCCCCGAGCUUGUUGCCAACGGUACUCUGCCCGAGGACGUCGUCGACACUGCCGUCUCCCGUGUUCUCCGUGCCAAGUUCAAGGCUGGCAUCUUUGAGACCCCAUACACUGGUGUGCCCGACGAUGAGAUCUUGAACUACCUUGGCACCGACGCCCACAAGAAGGUUGCCCGCGACCUCGACGCCGAGAGUAUCGUUCUGCUUGAGAACCACAACAACACUCUGCCACUGAAGAAGGACGCACAUGUUGCUGUCAUUGGACCUAUGGCUCAUGGAUACGUCAACUAUGGAGACUAUGUCAUCCACACGGCCAUGGAGUACGGUGUUACUCCCCUCGAUGGCAUCAAGGCCGCCAGCGAGGGCCAGGUCACCUACGCCAAGGGUGCCGAGCGCUGGUCCAACGACGAGUCUGGCUUCGAGGAGGCCGUCGCUGCUGCCAAUGCCGCCGACGUUGCCGUUGUCGUUGUUGGAACCUGGUCUCGUGACCAGGACGAGCUGUGGGCUGGUCUGAACGCCACCACCGGCGAGCACAUUGAUGUUCACGACUUCAAGCUCGUCGGCGCCAUGGGCCGUCUCGUCAAGGCCGUCAUCGACACCGGCAAGCCUACCGUUGUCGUCUACAGCUCCGGCAAGCCCAUUACCGAGCCCUGGAUCUCCGACGAGGCCGGCGCUCUGGUCCAGAUGUUCUACCAGGGUCAGGAGGGCGGACACGCCCUGGCCGAUAUUCUCUACGGCAACGUCAACCCCUCCGGAAAGCUCUCGGUCGCCUUCCCCUAUGACGUUGGCACCACUCCCGUCUACUACGACUACCUCAACUCUGCCCGCUCCUGGCCCAACCCAGGUAAGGAAUACCCCAACGGCACCUUGGUCUUUGGCAGCAACUACGUCCUGUCUACCCCCCUUCCCCUGUACGAGUUCGGCUACGGUCUGUCGUACAGCACCUUUGACUACUCCAACGUCACCGUCUCAUCCUCCACUCCCUCCGCGACCGAUACCGUCACAGUCUCCGUCGACGUGACCAACAACUCUACGCGCGAUGGCCAGGAGGUCGUCCAGGUCUACAUCAAGGACGUCGUCAGCACCGUAGUUGUGCCCAACAAGGAGCUGCGUGGAUUCUCCAAGGUCUUGAUCAAGGCCGGCGAGACCAAGACCGUCAACAUCGACCUGCCCGUCACCAACUGGGGACUGUGGAACAUCAAGAUGCAGUAUGUCGUUGAGCCCGGCGACUUCAAGAUCCUUGUUGGCUCCUCGAGCGACGACAUCCGCGCGAACACUACCGUCACUGUCCAGUAG